AGGAGUUGUUCAUUGGUUUGCUCUGAACCUAAUGCAUCGUUUUUGUUUGUUUGUUUACUUUGUACAGUUUCGCGUUUGAUAUAUGUUGUUUGCGUCAGAUGGACUCGUCGCUGGAGAGCUCGAGCUCAUCUCAGGGUCACCUCGCGCGCUGCAGUCGCACCUGUAAGAUCAUCGUGAUUGGAGACGCGGGUGUCGGUAAAACCUGUCUGACCCACCGCUUCUGCACCGGGCAGUUUCCCAGCAGAACUGAAGCGACGAUCGGGCUCGACUUCCGUGAGAAACUUCUUGAGAUAGAGGGCGAGAAAAUCAGAGUGCAACUGUGGGACACGGCAGGUCAGGAGCGUUUCCGCAAAAGCAUGGUGCAGCACUACUAUCGCAAUGUGCACGGCGUCGUCUUCGUCUUUGAUGUCACUAACCCUUCUAGUUUCUGCAAUCUACCGCUGUGGAUGGAUGAGUGCCAUCAACAGACCCUUGGUCAGGAUGUACCCUGUGCUCUUGUUUGCAAUAAGGCCGACCUGGCUUCAGGGACUACAUCAGUUUUAAUCGAGCAGGCCCGUCACUUGGCUGAAGUCCACAGGAUGUCUUUUUAUCUCACUUCAGCCAAAGGGGACCAGGUGGACAACAUCUUUGUGACUUUGGCGCAGAAGUCGAAGAACAAGAGGGGACAGAGUGUGAACGAAUGUGUGCUGCUGUCCAGCAGAGCAGUUGCAGAAAACGAAAUCCCAGCAGGAAAGAAAACAGAGAGAGAUGUAAGAAAGAAGUGGGCCUGCUUUUACUAAUUAAUUAUGCAAAAUGUGUUGAUUCUAUUUUUGACAACUUGCGCUGUGUGACGCAAGGGGGCAGAAGUAGAUAAUAUUCAUCACGGUACUGUUUAGCGUGUUGACAAAAUGUUUAUAUGCUCUCCUACUUGUAAGUCGGUUUGGAUAAAAGCGUCUGCCAAAUGAAUAAAUGUAAAUGUGCUUGUGACACAAAAGCACAAACAAAUUGUUUGUUGUAUUGUAACAGUCAGGUCAUCUUCAUACUGGUCUAAUAAUGACUUUCUACCCCCAUAAACAUAACCCCUUACAUACACCUUCUUUGUUUCACUGUGUUAGUUAAGACU